AUGACGCAGUUCUUGCCACCUAAUUUAUUGGCGCUAUUUGCCGCGCGGGAUCCUAUCCCAUACCUCCCGCCGGCAGCAAAGCUCCCUCACGAGAAGAAACAAAAAGGCUACGAUGGCGUUGGCGCUUUCCUCAGUGUAUUUGAGCAUCCAUCAGAGACUCCACCACCAACACGAGUGGAGACCAGAGAAGAACGCAUGGAGAGGCGAAGAAGGGAGAGGGCGGAACAGACAGCGUACAAGCUAGAACAAGAGAUUGCAUUAUGGGAUCCCACAACCAAUCCAAAGGCUACCAUGGAUCCUUUCAAAACAUUAUUUGUGGCCAGAAUUAAUUACGACACAUCUGAGUCCAAAUUAAGGAGAGAGUUCGAAGGCUAUGGAGCUAUUAAAAAAAUAUGCAUGAUAUUCAGCAAAGACAACGCUAAACCUCGAGGCUACGCGUUCAUCGAGUAUGAGCACGAGCGGGACAUGCACUCCGCUUACAAACACGCCGAUGGGAAGAAAAUUGACGGGAAGCGUGUUCUAGUCGACGUGGAAAGGGCUCGUACUGUCAAGGGCUGGUUGCCUAGGAGAUUGGGCGGUGGACUCGGCGGCACCCGCCGAGGCGGAGCCGAUGUGAACAUCAAACACUCCGGCCGAGAGGACAAUGAGAGGGAGAGGGAGCGGUACCGGCUCGAGCAGAGGGACAGAGAUGAGAGGGGGCGACACGACAGGGGGGAGCGUCCCGCGGGCGGGGCGGGGCGGCGCCGCACGCGCUCUCGCUCCCGGCGCCGCUCGGCGUCGCGCUCCCGGCGCCGCGAGCGCGAGCGGGAGCGCUCGGCGCGCGACCGGGACGACGACGCCGAGCGCAAGCAGCGUCGCCGCUCUCGCUCUCGCUCGCGCCGCCGCCGCUCGAGGGACAAGGAGCGCCGCGACGACAAGAAGCAGAAGAGGCGCGACCGCGACCGCGACAGGAAGGAGACCAAGGUCAAGCCCGAGGAUAUUAAGAUCAAGCAGGAGCCCAACGAUGACUAUCCCGAGUUCAACCUGCCCGUCAUGGAUGUACAGAUCAAGCAGGAGCCCCACGACCACGAGAACAAGUACAAUCCAGAAGAUACCAACGGUGACGAAGAUUACAACUAUUAG